ACGCGAGUGCUUUGUGUCAGUCAAUGACAGUUGGAAGUGGAAGUCACUUCUCCUCACGUCUUGGGACUUUUAUGACAACAUAGGGGCUUAAUGAAAAUCGUAAUACCAGCUGUGAAGCUGUUUUCCCAGCAUGCACCUGAGAGAUGAGCCACAACGUGCCCUGGGUUAGCCAGAGCAAUCAUCACGGCAUGGAGGCGGCAGCUGGCAGAACCCCCGCGCUGUCGGAGCCUGACCUCUACCGCAGUGUGCAGGCCAUCCUGCCCCGAGAACGAGACUGUCAUCUCACAGGCAUGCUCAGAUGGACACUCAAUAAGAAGGUUCAGAACCGCCCGGACGGCAACUCGUCCCUGGUUUGUGUCGUCAUCAAAGAGCUGGAGAAGGCCGAGAGGCUGGACUGUCGCAAAAACAUAAUUCCUCUGCUGCACACACUCAUGUACGCUGUGUUACAGACAGCCCACAUGCCUGCUGAGCUCCACAAGCGCGUCUACAACUUCUGCAAGAGGCUCCUGACCUUCCCCCAGCCCUACUGCUCCACAGGCCUCAGCUACAGCCGACUCAUGAAGGCUGAGUGCUGCACUCCAGGCCUGAUGUAUCAGAGGAGGGUUGUAGCCGAACAGAGCUUGAAGAACCAGCAUUACCCCUUUCAGGAGAGGGUGUUUGUUUUCGCGGACCCUGAGGUUUUCUCGGGGCCCCUGGGCAUGCUCCUGCAGGCUGACAUCCAAGCCUCCAACUUGGGGCCCCAUGGGCUCCUGACUCCACUGGACCACAUGAGCAGCGUGAUCCAGCACUCCAUCCAGGCGGCUCUGGGGCCCCAGCGCUGUAACGGCCCCAGCCUGGUCCAGGCCCUCAGGGACAUGGGACAGGAUGUGGAGCCUUACUUCCAGGAAGUGGUAGCGACUCUCGAGCAGAACGCCAAGGAGGGCUGCAUGCCGGGGAAGGGGGGCAUGCUGGGAGGUCGUCUGGAUCAGCUCUACCAAGAAAUUCUGGCCACGGCACGUGCAGGUCCAUUGUCAUGCGGGCCGCUGUGUGACAGCCGCCUUCCCAACCCAGAGAUCAGCUUCCAUAUGUGGACAGACGAGGAGGACAUCAGGAAGGAGCUGUACAGAUGUGUGCGCUCCUCCUCCAUGUCGGAGCAGUUCUCCCUGAGCCAGGACCCCGGGGACCCUCUGGAGACGUCUGACCUCCUGGACCCUCCGGACACCCCUCGCCACUCGGUCAUGUCCGUGGACAGCGGCAUCGAGCGAGACCUCCCCCCCACCACAGCCGAGGCUGAGUGGUAUGACCAGAUGUCCGCGGACUUACCCGUGUCGCCCUCGGCGGACUUCAAAUGUGGGCAGGAGGUGGCCGGCAGGCUGAGCCGGAAGGGGGGCAUGAAGAUGAAGCCCACGGUGAGCGACAGCAUGGUGCUGAUGCAGGACACCCUGGAAGAGCAUGGGGGUCUGGGUGGGGUCGGGGAGGUCUCCCGAAGGCCCCUCCAGCGCCAGACGGGCGGCAGCUCCACCCAGGCCGCACGCUCCUUUUCCAAGGAGCCGCGCCCCUUCACUGCCAGGAUCGUCGUCAUGGGAGACGACAGGGUGCUGGGACGCCUGGCCAAAGCUUACUACGGUCUCAGGAAAAGGGAAGCGCGGAAGCUCUUUCUGACGCAAAAAGUGAACCUCCAGUUUUACUACAUUCCCGUCAGCGCCUCCUCUGUCAAAGAAAAUGUUGCUCCAACCAAGGAGCAAUGUUGUGCGUUUGGCUCCUACCUGGGCAUGGUGGACCCCUGGUAUAACUGCCACAUCCGGAGCCUAGGCGUCACCAUUCCUGAGCUAGCUAAAAAGCACACCAACAUCGGUCAGCAGGAGUCCCUGCUGUCUGACGUCAUCUCCUACUACGUGCGCAUGGGCCGGGAGCCCGUGCGCUUCUCUAUCUACCAGGUGAAGAUCUCCUUCUGCUGCCUGACCAAGGAGCCUGUGGAGCAGGUGUUCCUGUCUCACCUUGAGAUGGAGCUUCCAGAGUUCAGACGCAUCUCUCCCGCCGUCAAAGAGAAACAACAGUGGAAGACUUUGGGCGACAUCGGCGGAGCGGUGGUCUCGAUGAACUACAAAAGGGUGACAUUAAGCGGUCGUGAUGUGGACACCGCUCUCUCCGUCAAGAUGUUCGGCGCCCAGAUCACCGCCAUACCCUCUAAUGAAACGGAAGAUCUGAACUGUUUGACACUGACUUUGAACGAAGCUCAGACCAAGAAUAAAAGCAAUCUGGAGCAGAAAAUCAGGAUCAGUUACAUCAAGAUCCGCUCUCUGGAGAAGCGGUCGUUCACAGUCACCCUGGACAAAGACACUCGGAGGGCCUUCAAAGACGUCCAGAGCAUCGAGAUCUCCUCGUGUCUGGACCCCUGCUACUGCCUCCACAAGUCGAGUCACACCAAGCCCGGCGGGACCGGCAACGGGGCCGGACUGAGCCAGUACAUGAACCGAGGACUUCCCCUGGCCAUCAACACCUUCUCAGGCAUCAUCAACUGACACACACAAACACACUGUCUCUCUCUCUCUCUCUCUCUCUCUCUCUCUCUCUCUCUCUCUCUCCUCUGAUGGAUCUGUUCUGCGCUGUGUGUGGAAACAGAGAUGAUGCCCCGCAUCGCGUCACCCUGAGAGAGAGGCCGCUGGAUUGCACUGGACUUACAAACUCUCGUGAUGUCAUCAUCAUGCGACAGUCACUCGCACUUUGAGUGCCUGGACGUAGCGACGCCUCAGGAAUAUGGUUGGGUGAAGUCGGCUGGAUUCUGGGAUGGGGUGGGAUCGGGGGCGGGGGUUUCCCGUGGGGCACACAGAACUAUGAGGCUUGUGGCCGGCGUGUGUGAGUUGAUCACGUUCCUCAGAACAAGGGUGGAGUCUACAUUGGGUAGACCUGCAGCGUUACUGCUAAGUGCUGAGGUCUGUUACCUUAGGGGGGUGAGCAACAAUCUGAAUUCUGAUGUUCUCAUUGGACUAGAGUUGCAACACUCCCAUACACACUACCAUCUGCUCAAGAGACCCAGGAUAUAAAACGUGCGUGUGUAUUUGUGUAAAAGGAAGAAAUACAGAGAAAUGCAGGCUGACGUUACACACUUUAAUGCGCUGUAUUGAAUGCUAUUCUCUUUUUAAAUGUGGACAUGAAAUAUUUUCAGCCCCUAAUAUAUAAGCAAAUUAUUUAUUAAUGUGUUCAGAGAACUGAUCUGGAGGGCAGCACUGUAGUGAGUGCCUCCACAAACCAGAGUCCCAUAUAGUGUAUAUAUAUAUAUAUAUAUAUAUAUAUAUAUAGUAGUAAAAUGCAAAGAGCCCUGUGCUGCAUCGUACACCUGCAGAUGUCCAGCAUUAUACACUACACGAUGAGCUAUGCAUCCCUCGCUCUCACACACACACUCACACACACACACACACACACACACACACACACACACACACACACACACACACACACACACACACACACACACUCACACACUGCACUCUGGUAACUUAUGAUGGAGCGGUGGAAUAGAAUCAAAA